AUGGGAACGUCCUUCCUCGAGGUCCUCCAUGACCCGCUGACGCGAAAGGUCCUUGGGUUCGAGGCUGUCCACGCCGAAAAGACCGCCUUCGUCAGCGGCGUCACAUCCAGGCUGAAAUUCCUGCUCAAUGACGCCGCGAAUCAUCUCUCCUUUCUCAAGAUCGGAUAUACCGCCCUCGAAGCCUUCCUCCAGGCGAAUGUGACCGGUCCUCCACUGAACUUCGAUCCGAAUGAGGCCAUCAUCCCCGAGUCCUAUCGCAAUGAAGACCUCUCUUCCCUCAAAGACGAAUUCCUCACAUAUCUGUCCGUCGAUGGCAGCCGACCGUAUCUCUUGACUCCGCACAUCGAACUGUUCUGGCUCGCCAAGGUCAUGCUGUCGAACUCGACCCUCGCCGAGGCCGGGUUCAAUGGCUACCGAGCCCGGAUGCGAGUCAACUUCUGGCACCAGAAACUGCUGGCCGAGCCGUCGCCGUCGCUGCGUGACACGAUCUACUCCGACGCCGACAUGCUCGAGCGCCUGCUCGCGUCGCGUGUCGCCGCGAACAGUGCAGAGGCCGAGGACCACUUUGUCGAGUUUCUGGUCGAACGCGCCUCCAUCCGCACAUAUUACGGAGACGAUGCUCUCGCUAGAGCAGAUCUCGCCAGAGCGGCUACCAUGCGCCGGUUCCAGUUCGCUGUGACGGGUGUGCUGGGCAAGAGAACGAAAUUCCAGGACCGUGAUACCAGUCAGCUGGUGGUUUUGGCGAGGAGCAGUGAACAGCAAGAACGAGAACGAGACUCGUCUAGCGAUCACGACAACGGCUCGAACGUCCCAAGCAGGCCCGCGAACGUCCCUCUCAACGACGAUACCCUGCUCGAACAAAUCCAGUUCACAUCAGCAUCAGCAUCAGCAUCAGCUUCUGUAUCGACAUCGGUAUCCGAAGAUACCAUGACCCAUGUGGCCACCGAGUCUGCAUUGUCUCAUGAACUAUCGUCACUCGACCCAUCCGACCAACCAUUACUCUCGCCAAUGGAUAGCAUCAUUUUGCUUGCCACCGCAAGCAGUAUCACCAACACAUCCCCCGACGACGGCCUCGUGAGAGAAGAGACUCUCCCGUAUGCGACUCGAGUACUGGGUGGCGGCUCGUCGAACUGGCAGGUCUACACUCAGGCGCUACUGGUCAGGAGCCGCAUCGAAGGCUACCGAGCCCGCACGGCCGAGCGAGGACUGUUGCAACUCCAAGCCCUCGUCGACCAAGUCAUUGCUGAGACAACAGACCCGGAAGCGGCACUUCAAACACAUGCUUCGCCUCAAGGAUCGACUUCCCAACCAGAGUCAUCUUCCUCACAAGCCACGCCUCCAACCACAUUCCUCCCCAAACCCAAAGCCUCAGAGUCGGCCUCGGUCGCCGAACGCUUGAGAUAUAUCUACCAACUAUCUCCUCCUCUGCGAUGGGAACUCGAGGCCGAGCUCGCAGCUCGCUGGACGCACAUGGGCGGACUGAAAACCGCUCUGGAGAUCUACGAGCGGCUGCAGAUGCACGCGGAAGUUGCGUUAUGUCUUGCAGCGACGGAUCGGGAACAGGAGGCCAUCAAAUUACUCAGAGGGCUGUUAUUCGACGAUGAAACCACGGCUGAGAAGGCAGAGACAAAAGAAGAGACAAAAGAGACAAAAGAGACAAAAGAAAAAACUGCCUCGUCCUCCUCCUCGACGACAUUGAAUCUCCGCUCUCCGCCACCCGCCGAUACACCUCGACUGCUGUGCAUUCUGGGCGACAUCACCGGCGUACCGGCGUAUUACGCUCUAGCAUGGAAAGCCUCGUCGAACAGAUACGGCCGGGCGCAACGCUCGCUCGGGCGCCAUUUCGCCAAACAGCGCGACUACAAGGCCGCUGCCCAGGCAUAUACGCUGGCGCUGGGCAUCUCCCGCCUCGACCGGUCCAGCUGGUUCGCGCUGGGCUGCCUGCAGCUCGAGAUGCAGGAAUACCAGAACGCCACCGAGACCUUUACGCGUUGUGUCCAGCUCGAAGACCAGGAUGGCGAAGCGUGGUCGAAUCUGGCGGUGGCGCUGUUGAAACUGCCUAAGCCGGUGGCAGGAGAUGAUAUCUCUCAAAUUCAAUCUGAACCAGGGACAGAACCGAAGGGAGGUCCGCCGUCAUCUCGCGCCAACGUCGUCGACCCCUACAGACAUGUGCGUGAGGCUCUGCGCGCCCUUCGCCGCGCGGCCACGCUGAAACGCGACGACGCCCGCGUCUGGGACAACUAUCUCACCGUCGCGGCCAGUAUCCCUCCGAGCGCAGGCACGCCGUGGAACGAGGUGAUCCAAGCCAUGGGCCGGGUGAUUGAUUUGCGAAGUAAGAAGGAGGGUGAAGGUGCAGUGGACGUGGUCGACAAUGGCACAUCGACAUCGACAUCGACAUCAACAUCAACACUCACACCUCCAACCACAAUCACAAUCACAACAUCGUCCUCUUCCGAUCCAAAUCCAACAUCUCAAUCUUCUACCGCCAACAACCCCAAACUCCCAUAUCUCGUCCGCUCAUUCCUCACUCUCGUCGACACCCAAAUCACCCCUCUCGCGACCUCCUCCCCCGCCCUCUACGACCAAUUAAGCACCAUCUCCCUAUGGCGACACCGCCCGGCGCAAGCCCUGACGUACGCGGAAAAAGCUUGGCGCGUGCACCUGACGUCCAUCUCCCCGGCGGAGACGUUCGACCAGGUCAGCGAGGCGCAGUGGGCCAGUGUCGUCGACAAGACGGUCUGGCUGGUCCGGCGGUAUCGCGAUCUCGGGCCGCAAGAGAGAGAGAGGACCGGUGGAGCGGUCGAGGCGAAGUGGAGGUUCAAGGCGAAGAGUGCGGCGAGGAGGGUGUUGGGCCGCGGGAAGGGGCAGUGGGAGGGGACGGAUGCUUGGGGGAGGUUGAAGGAGGAGAUGGAUGGGAUUGAUGCAUGA